CUAUCGAAAUAAACAAAUUGGGGGCCUUUUCUUGAGAUAAGCUAGCUGUUGAGGCGGUUUUGAGAGUUCUAUUGUUUUGCACAGCUGUGGUAAACUGUGGCAAAAAUUCACCGAUGUAUUUUGAGUAGAAUGCUGAGGUAAUGGUAAUGCCAUAGACGUUUUAUACGGUUUGGUCUUUUACGCCCCAGCUGCUUUAGCAUAUUUGUUUCUAAGCGUCGAAGGCUGAUUUUUCGGUCGCUAUCUUAACGGGAGUAACGUUAGCAUUCGCGAGCAAAAAAGCUAGUCUUUAAACUCACGUGACGACAGUUCUGAUAUUUAAUCGGAUAAAAUAAAGGGGCGGCGUUGAUGAGCAGCAAUGUCUGGCAUCGCUCUUAGUAGACUGUCCCAGGAACGCAAAGCCUGGAGAAAAGACCACCCAUUUGGUUUUGUUGCUGUGCCUACUAAAAAUCCAGAUGGAACCAUGAAUCUGAUGAACUGGGAGUGCGCAAUUCCAGGGAAAAAAGGAACGUUGUGGGAGGGAGGACUCUAUAAACUCAGAAUGCUGUUCAAAGAUGACUACCCUUCUUCUCCACCCAAAUGCAAGUUUGAGCCACCAAUAUUCCACCCAAAUGUCUACCCAUCCGGCACUGUGUGUCUGUCAAUCCUGGAGGAGGACAAAGACUGGAGGCCUGCCAUCACCAUCAAACAGAUCCUGUUGGGAAUCCAGGAGCUGCUAAAUGAGCCAAACAUUCAAGACCCCGCACAAGCAGAGGCUUACACAAUUUACUGUCAGAACAGGAUGGACUAUGAGAAAAGGGUAAGGGCACAGGCCAAGAAGUUUGCCCCAACAUAAAGUGGAAAACAGGCCUGUAUCCCGCCUGAGCAGUCUGAACUGAGAGAUAACAACCCAGGAGGCAGGCACCAUCCUAAAGACCACUCCAACAAGAAUCCAGUUUUGAGUGUUAUUAUACUAUUACACAGGUGACAAAUGAGACUGUUUUUCUUUGUUCCUUUUUUAAACAAUGAAAGUUUAAUAAGGUAAUUUUGCCUGUCUUCAAAAAAAAGGUAUGCAUUGUCAAUGCAUAGCUGAUGAUCCUAGAACUUUACUGUUAGUGUCACAUUUAUAACUCUUGUAUAAUCCAUCUCUAGUUUUGUUAUGAGUACUAAGCUUAUUCAUGUCUCCAUUUAUACUGUAAGUCUUGCUAAUGUAUUAACAGGGCUGUAGAAAAAACAUUUCUUGUCCCAGCUGCACUGUGUAAUGGUUAGUUGGAUGAGAUCUAACCUAUUUGUUACCUUUCAGUUUUUAUAAAACCACCACAGCCCAGAAGUAUUGUAGAUAGUAUUUCAUGAAUGAAGGCUUCAACAGUGACAAAGCAGUCAGAAGUACAAUAUUGAUUCUUCCUUUGUCCUCUUGACUUUUUGUUAAUUAAUGCAACAUUGUCAGUUAUUAAUUGAUAACAUAAAUUAAGCACAGUGGAUGUUUUCCUGUGCUGAUAUUGUUGUUCUGGUCAACAAACACAUGAUAUAGUCCAAAAUUAUCAAGGAAAACGAUUGUAGUUUGGAUUGGCAGAUACUAAAUAUUAAAUGACUUUUGGAUCAUGGCAAAAUAAAAAAUUGAUCAGGACAUCUCUAAUAUUCUAUGAUAAAGAGAGAAGUUACAUUGUAGAGCUAAUAAAAACUGUUGCUGUAUGUUCAUUUUGGUCUAAUUCAUUUCGUUAUUUUAUGCCACGAUUUAGUUUGCAAAUAAUUUUUGAAAUUAAUUUCAACCUGUACAAAUCCAAAAACAAAGUCUAUCUGGCAAACAAGAGCUUAAAGAUCCUUAUUGGAAUGGCCUCCCCAACCAGCAAGGACAGCAGAUAAAAGUGCACUUGAGUGUUUUUUGCUUCUAAAUAUAUGAGUGUAUGUACAUAAUAUAAAUAAUGAAAAAUUGUGAAAGAUAUGUUUUAUAUUGUUUUAGCCAAUUGGCACUUGUGUGUGGUAUUAUAAUAAAUGACUAAAUAAAUGGCAAAAAUUGUGGAAUAUA